UGGUGGUACCUUGCCCCCUCUCUUCACUAACCAACCCGGUGAAAUCGUUUUGUUUUGUGCUGAAAAAAAGUGCCUGGAAAUAAACAAAUGUAAAAUAAGUUUAUAAUUACAUACAAGUGAUGAGCAGGCAGCCAACAACUUUGACGAUCGAUCCGCGGCAAUUCUGAAAAAACAGCUAGGGCCAGGAAUUUCCCACUUCUCAUCCAAACCGCAUCGAUUUUUUCUCCUCCGCCCAGGGAAAAAAAAAUAGGAACAAGAAAAGCCAAUUAAAAACAGUUUAAUUUGCAACCGCAACUGCAAUGUCAAGACAUCCCAGCGACCGAAAGGUCUACGUUGGUGACCUCGGAAACAAUGCUCGUAAAAAUGAUUUGGAAUAUGUAUUUGGAGCCUACGGAAGUUUGAGAAGUGUUUGGAUUGCCCGCAACCCUCCGGGUUUUGCUUUUGUAGAGUUCGAGAGUGCCCGGGAUGCAGCGGAUGCGGUUAGAGGUUUAGAUGGCCGCCAAGUAUGUGGACGCCGAGCACGGGUUGAGCUCUCCACUGGCAAAUAUGCACGCUCUGGUGGUGGGGGAGGUGGUGGUGGUGGCGCCGGAGGGGGUGGCGGUGGUGGUGCUGGAGGAGGAGGACGCGAUGGACGUGAUCGUGGAGGCCGGGGUGAUGAUAAAUGCUAUGAGUGUGGCGGACGCGGUCAUUUUGCACGCCAUUGCCGUGAACGUAAGGCAAGACAGCGACGCAGAAGCAAUUCAUACAGCAGAUCGCGCAGUACAUCCAGACACAGGCGUCGCAGCACUCGCUCCAAAUCCGGCGGUGGUGGUGGAUCACGUUCCCGCAGCCGUUCAGCUGGCUCUAUUCCUGGACGUCGAGCUGGUGGACUUGGUGUACGUGCAAAUGGACGCGAUGAGAAUGGCGGUGCUGGUGGUGGCGGCGGAUCGAUGUCACGUUAUAGUGAUCAUGAACGUAAUGGUGGUAGUGGACCUGCAGAUCACUCACCGCCGCCAUCGAAGCGACGAUACGAUGAUGAUGUUGACGAGGAUGUACGGGAUCGAGGAUCGCGCUCGCCAUCGCCGCCGCCUCGUCGUCGUGGUGAUUCAUCGGUUUCACGUUCCAUGUCCAGGGACUAGCGACAUGGCCAGCAAAUGCUCCAUUCUCUCCACCCUCCUUUCAUUCCCAACACUCAACACUCAACAUAUAAUAGAAAACGAAAAAGAACAACAGGAAUAGGAUUACUAUUCAAAAUCAAUAAGAUAGGAUCAGAAAAGUCAGGCAGUAUAUAUCAUUUAGUUGAUCACAAUUUUAGUAUAGUUUAUAAUUUAUGACUGAAAAGAAACAAACAAAAAAAUAUCCUGAAUCACUUGGCAUGCCGCCAAGGAGUAAUCAUAUUUCUAUAACUUGGAUCGACGCAAAAGAAAAAAUAACGGUCUAGUCAUAAUAUGGAUUCUUAUUUUAUAUGCCCUUGCAAACCAGGAUAUAUUUAUUACAUUUUUGGUCAGAACUAACACUUCUGCCGACUAUACAAAGUACAUAUAUUAAUAUAUAUAGAUUCUUGAUUACCAUCAUGAACUCGAAUAGCCAACUAUUAACGGAAUCUUAAGUCUUAAAGUUAUCUAUUUUAUCUUAUCUCAUAAAUUUUUAGUUGUUCUUCAUAACUUGGAAUAUAUUGACAAUUAGUUGUUUUUGAUCAACUUGUUUAUAUAGAAGGUCCUAGUAAAAAUGUUCUUAGUAAGUUAUGGUAUCUGCAUGAAAGUUUUAUUUUCAAAUUUUAUUACAAGAAAUGCCAUAAAAAUUUAGAUACCAAUUACUCCCAUUUGUCUUAUGGGUUAAAUCAAGAGUUUUGCAAGGGUAUAAAAAACAACAGGACAGCCGAGGUCAGCCUAGUUCCCCCCGGGAAUAUUCAAAUAUUUUUUUUUACGCCUCCAGCCAACCCAACACCCAUUUUCAAUGUCAAUUCCGGAUCACCAAAAAUAUAUAAAAGAAAAGAAAAAAGUGUAAAAGAAAAACCUAAUUGAUAUUUCUCUCAUAAACAUUUUGAAAGAUGUUUUUUACGAAGCAAAUAUUCAUUUUUAAUUUAAGUCUUGCAACAUUUUGCAUACACAUAAAUGUCAUUACUAGUUUAGUUUUAUAAAUAAAAAUAAAAACAAAAUAUGUAUGUAUGAAUUCUUAA